AUGAAGUGGGAAUCCGAUCAUGUUAACGACACUCAUACCGAUGGUGAUCUAGCUAGUGAAAAUGGCUCAGUCUGCAGCGCUACGGACGAGAAAGUGCUUGCUCACAAAGAAACGAAAGCAGUGAAUAUAUUACGCGCAGUCACAUUCUUUGUUCUUUUGUUGGCGACUGCGACUGUUUCGCUGUUGGUCUUUUUUUAUGGUCGCGACAAGGAAAAUGACGAAUUUUUGAAACAAUUCGGCUACAACGCGGGAAAAGUAGUCGAUUCCUUCCAGGUGAACGCAGAGAAGCGGUUGUCCGCGCUCGAAGGAUUCGCCACUAUGAUCACAUCUCACGCACUUUUCGCAAACGAAACGUUUCCGAUGGUGACGUUGCCAGACUUUGAGCGAAAAGCGUCCUACACUCUGCAGCUUGCACAAGUUAUUUCGAUUCUCAUUUUUCCAAUCGUCAGCCGAGAAAAUCGCGCCACUUGGGAAAGAUACUCAGUAGAAAAUCAACGCUGGCUUGAAGAAGGUCUUGCUCUGCAAAAAAUCGUUAAGGAUGGAGAUGAAGAAGAGGCAUUGAUGCAGUUGGAGGAGCAAGUGGUAGCCGGAAACUUGGAUGUCGACCCCUUCGCUCACUUGAAUAUCCCACCAUUCAUUUUCAAAGUCGAGGAAGGUGGCACAGCAGCUGCUUACGAGACGGGUCCAGGGCCUUAUGCACCAGUCUGGCAAUUGGCGCCGGCAAUUCCUGCAGCAUUUUUCGUAAAUUUUAACGGCCUUUCCCAUCCUAGCCGAAAAUUAGAGAUCAACACCGUUCUUCGAACCGAAAAGAGGCUGGUGAGCGCAGCAGCCGAUUUCUCCAAUGACAAUGAUCCAAAUUCAGCUGGUAGAAAGGCAGUGCUAAAUCUCUUUCUGAAUCGAUGGAAAAGUGGUGGCAAUGAUUACGAUGAAGGGCCCGUCAGCGACAUAAUCAUUCCAGUAUUUACUAGUUUUGGAGAGAACAAGACAGUUGGCGCUCUGCUGAAUUCUUAUAUCUAUUGGCAGGUUUACCUCACUGACAUUUUAACGGAUGAAGCUGAAGGUAUUGUCUGCGUACUGGAAAACAGUUGCUCACAGAGCUUCACUUAUCGCAUUGAUGGAAAAGAUGCAACAUACAUCGGACAAGGUGACUUGCAUGACCCCAGUUACAAUGGAAUGAUGGUUGAGACCGGAUUCGGUGCCGUGGUCGGAAACAACAACGUUGAUUUCAGUAUUCACGAACAUUGUUACUACAAUCUUCGAGUUUACCCAUCCAAGGAGACUGAAGACAAAUACAUCACGUUUCAGCCCAUCAUGUUCGCUUUGAUUUUGGUGGCAGUUUUUGUGUUCACAUCCUUUGUUUUCGUCACAUACGAUUGUCUUGUCCAGCACCGCAACAGCGUUGUUAACACAUCAGCAAUACAAUCCAGCUCUGUGGUUUCUUCUCUAUUUCCUGAACAAGUCCGCAACAGGUUGCACAAAGUAUACAAAAGCGAAAAGUCCAAACAGCACAACCAUACUGACAUCUUUAAAAGCAUUACCAGCGACGGAAAGUCGAGAGACGAUUUCGAGGCAGCUGACUUAAAUGAGUUCGACGAUUCGACUCCUAUUGCCGAUUUGUACCCAAAUUGCACCGUUCUGUUUGCUGACAUUGCAGGCUUUACUGCGUGGAGCUCCGAACGAGCGCCUACCGAGGUCUUUAAGCUCCUCGAGACACUGUAUGGAGCCUUUGAUAAAAUUGCGAAGAAAUACAAGGAUGCCCACGCCGUUGCAAUGUGCCGAUUUUCCAGUUCGUGCAAUACUAAGAUGAACCAAAUGAUGCAUAUCCUCGUUGAGAAGCUGGGUCCGGAUACAGCAAAUCUGUCCAUGAGAUUUGGACUGCAUAGUGGCCCGGUCACGGCUGGGGUACUUCGAGGUGAAAAGGCACGAUUCCAGCUUUUUGGAGACACGGUAAACACGGCUGCCCGAAUGGAAAGCACUGGGCAAAAGGGGCGGAUCCACAUAUCGAAAGCUACCGCUGCGCUCAUUCAGAAGGCUGGUAAGGGUAGCUGGAUGAAGAUUCGCGAGGAACUUGUAGAGGCCAAGGGCAAGGGAAUGAUGCAAACGUACUGGGUCGAGCCGCCGGACUUUGGUACGACGUCUACAGGAAUUUCUAGUAAUCAUGAUGUCGAGGACGCCUCAGAGAGCCAGCAUCUACGUUUUACUGCAAAUGAGUUCAAAAACAGCAAAAUCGAUGCAAUGAGAUUCAAAGAGCUUAUGGAUAGCUUGAGGUACGCGGAAUCAGCAACUACCGGCGAUUUGAAUGCAGCUCUUCCACAAGCAAAUACUUCGUCGGAGAAAGAUUGA